AUGUUGGCUCUUUUCCUCAUUGUUUGCUUGUGUGCUGGAGCUUCUGCUGUUACUCCCGUUCAAGGCACAAGAUGUUCUCCAAAUCAGGUAAUCAACAGGCUAACUGUGUACGAGGAUGGUGCGUUAGAAGCUGAAUGCGGCCCCAUUCCAUGCGGAGAAUCUGGAGCAAGAUGUAUCGAAGAUCAAACUUCCUGCCGUGCUGAGACUGAUGUGUUCUCCGGAAUGCGUUGGGCAGCUAAUGAGCAGAGUCUUCUUCUCCGCUGUUGUACUCUCAAGACUUCCAACAAAAUUUAUGUUGGAACUGACUUAGUUUCUCUCGGUUCUUACUAUCAAGGAGGACCAGUCGCCCAGAAAGACUUAUACGGUACUGAUGGACCAGAAUACGAUUUCAUUGCCAAUGUUAGAAUCGAGCAAGGAGGAGUUCGUGUCUGGGUUUACAGAAUCAUGUGCGCUGCCGGUGAGACUGUUCCAAAGAGAAUUCAAGCUGUUGAACCAACUUUCAAGCCUGCAACUGUUAAGGAAGUUGCUAAACAAGAGGAACAAGAAGAAGAAAACGAUGACGGAGAAGAAGAGGUCGAAGAAGAGGAAGCUGGAGAAGAGGAGACCACUCAGGCCCCAAUUGAAGAAAUCCCAUUCAACCCACUCAGAUAUCGUCCACCACAAACACAAAGACCAGCUGGUGCCAGAAGAGCAUGA